CGUCUCUCACACUCUUAUCAGCUGUUGCUCUAGGUCCUCAACUUUUAUAUCUCUCUCCCUAUCUCCACACCUCAAUUUUCUUCUUCCAAAAACAUGAGCUCUCAGAUUUUCAGAUCUGCGUCUAAAGCCGCUAGGUCUCUUCUCUCUGCUUCUAAGACCCCCCGCUUCUAUUCUGAAAGCCGAAAUGCAGCUGCAUCAGCCGCAGUUGUAUUCAGUGGAAAGGCGCAUCUUUUAGCUUCGGCUUAUGCAAGGACUUAUUCUACUAAUGCUUCUAGGCAAUGGAUUUCAGGAGCCUUUGCAGUUCCUGCGGCAGUUUAUAUGCUCCAAGAACAGGAGGUUCAUGCUGCAGAGAUGGAGCGCACUUUCAUUGCAAUCAAGCCUGAUGGAGUACAGAGAGGGCUGAUUGCAGAAAUCAUAUCUCGUUUUGAGCGCAAAGGGUUCAAGCUUGUGGCAAUUAAGAUAGUGGUUCCUUCAAAAGGUUUUGCUCAGAAGCAUUAUCAUGAUCUGAAGGAAAGACCCUUCUUCAAUGGCCUCUGUGACUUCCUUAGCUCAGGUCCUGUUGUUGCCAUGGUCUGGGAAGGAGAAGGGGUGAUUAAAUAUGGCAGGAAACUCAUUGGAGCAACAGAUCCCCAGAAAUCAGAACCUGGAACUAUCAGAGGUGAUUUAGCCAUUGUUGUUGGAAGAAACAUCAUCCAUGGAAGUGAUGGUCCGGAAACAGCCAAGGAUGAGAUUAAGUUGUGGUUCAAACCAGAGGAAUUGGUUAGUUAUUCAAGCAAUGCUGAGAAAUGGAUCUAUGGAGUAAACUGAUGAAAUAUUUGCUCUCACGUUUUCUUCAGAAAUUUGGGUCCCAGAUCUAGAGUGGGGGAGAAUCAUAUAUAAUUUGUUGGAAUAAGUUUGUUUCUUCUGAGGUGAGUGAAAAUUUUGCUCAGCUACAAUUGACAUUUUAGUAAUAAUCUAUUCCACCUCAAUUUGUCAUUCUGCCUUCACAUUGUUCAAUAUAUUGGAUCAAGGCUUCCUUACAAUAAUAGAUUAAGCUUGAGUUGAUCGACAAUAA